UAGGCACAGAUGUCGUGUGUUAUACAUUAAUAGUAUUACAUUGCGACAGUAAAUACCCAAAAAGAACUGACAGCUCAAACGAAAAAAUGACGUCGAGCUUAAAGUUUUAAUUGAAUUAUCACGUUCAUCACGCACUAAAAAUGUCGUUUUGUUUUCGCAGUUGGUCGAAAUGAAUCGGAAAAAAAAUAUACAAUUUUUACGAAAGUAGUGGUAGCCUACGAACACGUACGAGUUUCGCUAAUGUCUACACGACAGUCCUGGACGUGAACUGUCAUCCGGCCACAGCACAUAACAUGAUAAUAUUGUAUACUUACCCAAUAUUAUAAUACGAUGACGGCAAACAAAACGAUAUUACGCGACACGCAGCUCCAUUUCGACGACGGUCUGUGGUGUGUGCGCAGCUGCAGAUGGGUGUUUUUUAGCCUCACGCAUGCGACCACAGCGGUAUCAUACAAAAUCAACGACGACGACUGAUUUUCUAUUUUUAUUUUAUCAUUGAGGUUUAAACGCGUCCAGGCACUAUAAUAUGACGUAUACAUAAUUAUAAUUAUUGUUGUCACUAUAUUUUUCGUUUUUACGGUCUCGGGUCUUAUAUCGAGUGCGUCGAAUUGCCGUGACGGUUUCAAAAGCUGCAUAGAACUAUACCUACUCGAGUUUCCCACAAAAAAAAGGUAAAUCUGACGGAUACUCGAUUCAACAGCAAUACCUGUACCGAUCGUUGGCUAACCCUGUACGCAUAUACAGUUGUAGACGUUAAUCGUUAUAUUUAUAUUAGUAGUAGUUAUUAUCAUCAACCGUUAAAAUUUUAACGAUUUCGACUUAGGAGUUUCUAGUUUUGCAAACGGAUUUUAAAGUUAUUCGGUAUUACUGUAUUGGUACUUAUAAAGCCUUAAGGUAUCGGUUAUGGUUUUUUAAGCUUUUGGCUUUAAUGUUACGGUGUCAUGUGAAGAAAUAUAGAAAAACUAGUAGGAACUUUAUUUUAAGGAUAUUAUUUAUAUUGCAAAAAAAGCCAAUUAAAUAUUAAUAUAUAAAUAUUUAAUUUAAUACCGUUUUGCUUUUUGAUGACAAAAUAUUUACAAUCACAAUUUGUUUAACACACAUCAUUACGAAUAAAAUAUUGUUUUAAAUUAUUACAAGAAAGAUUCAGUUGGUCCGUGUAAAAAUGACAUUAUAAAUGCUUUUUGUUAUUACUAAUUACGACCAUUGUUACAACUGUACUCAAAUGUUAAAUUGUAAUUAUAUAGGUACUACAAUUUUUUAUUGGUUAUUUCGAUCUAUGCAAUAGAUAAUAAGCCACAAUACUGCCAGUCUAACUACACUGUAAAAGAAUUUCAAUUAAUACCAGUAUUCUAUAGGGUUUAUCGGCUUAUCGCACAUCAGAUUGGAAAAAAAGAUACCUUCAUAGUUCGACGACGAAAAACUGAAAAUGCUGUCCGAUGGUCAAAUCGCUUCGGUAGGCGACGACGAUGAUAAAAAUUAAUAAAUAUUAUCGUCACGACCAAUAUACAAUUAUUCGGCGAGCAGAGGCCUUGGCCUUCGGUCGAACCGCCGCCGCCGCCGAAGACAGCGGGCCCGACACGUUCGAGCCAAUGCCACUGCAGGCGCGGAGGAAUGUUUACGAAAAUGACGAAAAAACCAAAAACAAAAACGCAUAUCACAAUACACAUUAAUAAUAUAUGCAUAAACCAGCGAUACGACAACGAAAUAAAAACAACAAAACGCCGAUAUAUUGUUGCAAGUACGACAAACUGACACGUAUGGCACGAUAGCGGAGCAUUUAUAAAAAUAUAACUACAUUACAAUAUAUAAUAAUUGAAGGCAUCAGGUCCGAUAGCGAUCAUAUCUGCAAGUCGUCUGCCGGUCUUCGCCAUCGAGUAUAUAAUAAUAUAGUUCAACGCGGUCUCCCGCAAUAUAUACAUCGCUGUUCCCGGUUACCACCGCGCACUGUACCACAAGAAACUGAAGUUGGUUUGUAACCAAGAGCUUAUACAUACCGCUCGUAUAUACCCGGUAUCCGGUCGACCCGCAAUAAUGUCCGGUUUCCGCGCGGCGGCGUUGAUGAUGGCCGCGGUGGCCGCGGUAUACGGCGGCGACCAUCGGGUGGCCGGCUCGGACUCCCCGGCGGACGUGGCCGCGUACACGCUGAGCGGCCAGAACAUCGAGUGGCCGUGCGCGUCCACCAAGAGCGUUUACGCGGACACCGGGCGGUACGUGGCCAAGAACGUGAUCGUCACCAGGGCCCAAGUGUGGGGCGACCGGGCGUUCGUGCUUACGCCCAGGUUCCGGUCCGGCGUGCCGUUCACCGUGUCCACUGUCCGGCUGGAAUGCGAGCACAGAUGCUGGCCAGUGCUGGUGCCGUACCCGUGCUGGUCACUGCACGACGAGGGUGAUCCGAAUGCCAUACAGAAUGCCGUCGACGUGUACCUGGACGCGACCGGCGUGCUGUGGGUGCUCGACAGCGGGUUGGUCAACACCAUGGAACAGCCUGUCCGCAGGACUCAGCCCAGGAUAUUCGCCAUCGAUGUCAAAACCGACAAGGUAGUCAAGCAGAUCGACUUGUCGGGGCUGGUGUGCUCAGCCAGCCGGCUAAACUACAUCACGGCCGACUACGGGGAUGACGGGAGGGUGUUUGUGUACGUGUCGGACGCAGCCACGAGGGCGGUGAUCGUGUGGGAGGUGGCGGCGGAUCGCGGAUAUCGGGUGGUGUUGCCGAAGGCGAUCACGCACGACUGCACCGGAAGGAGGGACGUGCUUUAUAUCGCUCUGGCGAAGGGUCCGACCGCGGGCGUCGACGCCCUGUACCUGACGUACUUGACCAGCAACCGGAUGUACAAGAUUGACGCGUGCAACCUUCGGCAGGGGUGUUCGGAGGGCACCGUCGUCGACCUGGGCCCGAAGCCCGACAAGAUGGUCAUCCUGGGCACGGAUGGUCGGACUACGGUUUACUUCCGGUAUCGGGGCCAGGGCGACGUGUACGCUUGGGACACGGACCGGUCAGGUGAUGGCAAGUCGUUCGGUUCUGACAGGUUCGCGCUGGCCCGGAAGGCCGACGACUGCGGACGGUUGGCCACGCACGUGGCACCCGACAACCGAGGAGGCGUCCUCUGGAUACUGGAGAGUAACUUUCCGGACUACAUUUCCGGUGCGGUCGGCUGUCUGGGCACCAACGUCCGCUUGCAGCCACUUGUCGCCCGGCGUGGCGAAUAAUGCAGAUAACUGCAGCUAGUGAACGACUUCCAGGCAACACAAAUCCAGCUUUUAAUUAUUCUCCUGUAGACCAUGCUCCCUGAGCGUCUCCGCGCGUUAGUUUCUGUAAAAAUAUCAUAAUUUUAUUCGAUUGUGGCAGUCAUUGUUGGAAAUGUAUCUGCACAACUGUUCUGAUUCGUACUCAAUAUUUUUGUUUCGCCAAAUUCGAAUAUCGAAUAGUUUUAAUUUUGGUAUUCCUUCAAAAUCUGCUGUAGCUCAUUUUCAGCGGAUUUGAUUUAUGUAAACGCUAAAUGUAUUUCGAGUUAAAUUAUCGAUUCCCAUUAGGUAUGUUGAAAUAUAGUAAUGUAAGUCGUUAAACUUAGGCGAGACCUUAAAGGUAAAGGAGUCAAUUUAAUAUUUAUUGAAGACAAACGGGAGACGCCCUCAGUAGAUGUAUUACAUACAUGACACAUAACCUAUUUAAUGUUUAUAUUGUUUAAGUGUAUCCUUGUAAAUGAUAUAAAUGAGGCACGUGUCGCAUAUUAUAUCAUUAAUUUAUUAAUUUAUUAAUUUAUAAUAUUUAUUAUGCAUAUCAUAUUUAUUCAAAAUUAUAAAACGAAAAAAUCAACUUUCACGGGCGUAAACUAGUUACCAAAAUAAAUUAAGCAUUCAAUUUAAGUCUAGAUUAAGUACAUAGUAUAUUAAGUAGUAUUGUAACUUGUACGUAAAAUAAAUAUAUGUUAGU